UUCCCAGUAUACUCGACGAGAAAUUUCUCUGAUUAUUUUCCUUUUACAAACAAAAAGUUUACGAAGUCUUACAGCCAUUUAUCUCACUGUUUAAAGCAAUGUAGCAAACACAUUUGGCUGGAAGACUCUUCAAAUGUGUGAACUAUAUAAAACUGCCCGUUCAGCUCUCCAGAAACAUGGACUGGUUGAUGGGGAAGGGGAAGAAAAAGCCUGCUGAACCAGAAGUAAAAGAGAACAAACCAUACUUAGAAGAGGAAUAUGUUAAAAGUUUUAUCAGAGAAAUAUCAGAAGUCAGAGAACUUGUGCCUCUCCCACCAAGUAUUGACCUUAAUGAAUGGCUGGCAUCAAACACUUUAGCCUUCUUUAACCAAAUUGACUUAUUGUAUGGAAGUGUCAGUGAGAGAUGUACCACAACAACCUGUCCUACCAUGUCAGCACCUGGCUCUGUAACUUACUUUUGGCAUGAUGACAAAGGAAAGAAAACUACCAAAACAAAUGUUUCUGCACCUCAGUACAUUGAUUUGGUUUUGACAUGUAGUCACAAGUAUCUUCAUGAUGAUGCUGUGUUUCCAACAAAAUAUGGUCUGACAUUUCCGGCAACAUUUCUGACAACAGUGCGGAAAAUUUUCAAGCUUCUAUUUCAUGUGUUGGCCCACAUGUACUAUGCACACUUCAACAACUUAUUAAACCAUGGACUACAAUCUCACAUUAAUACAGUUUUGAUGAACUUUUUUUUGUAUCACCAAGAAUUUAACUUGUUGGAUCCAAAGGAAACUGCACCAUUGGAUGACCUUCUUCAAGCAAUGGGUUUAAUAAAUCAAAGUUAGUUUUUUAAAAUAUCUUGUACGGGUACAGCUGUAUGUAUUUUAGAUAAAAGAUCUGUCUUCAUUAAGUAACUAUAUUUUCCCAAUUGGUGGUGUUCAUAUUUGUGAGAAGCCCUGAAACAAAAGUUGCUCCAAAUUUUAAUUUAAUUCUAAAAAAAUAAAAGUUUGUUUUAUUUUUUAGCAUUAGACAAGUAUGUUUUAAAUUGGCUACUGUUGAAUGAUAAUUUAAUUAGGUAAAGGUCUCAUCUCUCUCUCUCUUAGGAACUUAAUAUUGUUUACACCCUUACUGUGUGCUAUACAUUUCUUGCAUUUUGCUAAUUCUUUGAGUUUGGCUUAAAGGAAACCUCCACUGAUGGAACAAACUUUUUGUUUAAUUAUCAAACUUAUCUUUUAAGUUGAAAGUUUUUGCCUUAAAUAGAAAUUAACUACAGUUGAACCCAGCAAAUUCAACUUUCUUGAAGGGAAACAAAAGGUAGAGCUAGUGGGAGUUUGAGUUAGCCGACAGUAAAUGACUUUAAAAAUUGGUGGUAGGGAAAUGGGGUUUUGUUCAAGUUACCCAAUGGUUUGACUUAGUAGAGUUCAAGUUAGUGGGAUUCUACUGUACUUUGUGCAAGAUAAAUUGGAAAAAGAUGUUGCCAGUUUUCAAACUGGAAUUCUGUGUGUGUUUCCAUGUUGAAUUGUGUGGUGUGUUUCGGAUGCCACUGUUAUCUGCAGGAUACCCCUUGGACUCUGUGGACAGAAGAGCUAUAACAUCAAAUGUGCCAAAAUGGUGCCUUCCAGGAAAUUCAAGCACAAGUUUUGCUUAUAUUUGUUGACAGGUUUUAUACAUUUCAAUUCUUGUUUCCCAAUUCUUCAAGGUUGGAGGUUUCCUUUAAAUUUAAGAAGAUCUUCCUAACUAUAUAUUUGUUUUGUUUUCCUCUGAGUUUGUGAGUCGUUUGAAUGAGGAUUUUUCACUACUGUAACAAUAUUAUUUUUAAAUAAGUUUCUAA